GACUCGAGAUGAUUCUUCCGGAAGAUUGGAAGAUGAAAUAAAAACGCGCCGCGACCUUCCGCUCCUCCCGUGCGCUGUCCCACUCCGCUGAAGCGUUCCGCCCGCGGGAGGCUGCGGCUACUCUCGCCUAACUUUCCCCUCUCUUUUAACCUCCCCCAUACAACCCCCUCGUCCCUUCCCCUCACCCAACCUAACGCUCCUCUUGCCUUGAAAACAUUCCCCAUCGCCCUUGCUCGCUCGCUCGCCCGCCCUUCUUCAUCUCCCGACUCGCCGACGUCUCAAGAUGCGCGCCCUGCUGCUCGCCCUGCUGCUCGCGGCGCUCGCCGUAGCGACUCCCGCGGCCUCGCAGCCCCAGGCGGAGGCAUCUCUGAGCCCCUACACUAUGGACGAUGUCAUCUACCUGGACACACAAGGAGGGGCGUCGGGCCUGGGCUCGGACGACGAGGUCGGCGAUGACGAUGACGAUGCAGAGGCAGACUACGGCUCCGGAUCCGGCUCCGGCCUGGUCUCGCUGGAGGACGUGCUGAGAUAUUCUUCGCAGGACAAAGUGCACUACCCGGCCACACUGCCCAGCGAGCAGCUGGCCACCACGGUUCGCUACCAGGACACGCACGCAGAGCCCCGGGCCCAGCCCGGCCGCGUCUCAGUCCAGCUGCAGGCCGAGCCCCCGGUGGGGACGCUGGGCCCGGUGAGCGAGGCCCCGGCCACGGAGGAGGAGGAGGAGGCAGCGGCGGUAGCGACGACGGCGAGGACCAGCCCCCCGCCACCCCCUCCCCAGCCCCCCGCCCGUGGGAACGCCGCCGACUCGGAGGAGACGGAGGGCGAGGACGACGACAACGAGGAUUACGACGAGGAGACGGUCACGAGCACGCCAACGCCUCCGAACCGCCCCGUGCCGCCCGGACCCCGCGAGCAGCCCGCGGAGGUGGGGCCCUCGGCCACCUCUGCUGCGGCCACCACCGUCUCCUCGCCGGACGACAACCGAAUUCCCGAGGGGAGGGGCAUCGGGCGGGCCGGCGACGAGGUGGGCGACAUCGGGGACGACGGCGGAAACGAGGUGGGCGACGGGGACGAGGUGGACACUAACGAGGUGGGCACGCCACGCACCGGCCGGCCCCGCCCCGAGGAGCCCGUCAACAACGAGGUGUCGGCUCGCAAAACGACGGCGGAGAGCCUCCUCGAGCGCACGGAGGUGCUUGCAGCGGUGGUGGCCGGCGGCGUGGUGGGGCUGCUAUUCGCCGCCUUCCUUGUGCUGCUUCUCAUUUACCGCAUGAAGAAGAAGGACGAGGGCUCGUACGCCCUGGCCGACACCAAGGAACCAGUCUUCCAACCACCGCCCGCCAAGGAGUUCUACGCCUAACGCACGCGCACACCAACACUCGCACGCACGUUCCUACACUCGCAUCCUCACCCACACGUACAACCGCAUUCGCGCAUUCUCUCUCUCUCUCGCUUGUUACCAAGGUACUCUCGCACGGCGGCGCUGGCCAAUUCACCUCGGCCUACGCCACUCGUGUGUACACAACGCAUACCUCCUUCCCGCGUGCACUAAGAACACGAGCACACGACACUUGCCAGCGUUUCACGAAAACGGGACUUGUUGAAUAUUGGCAAAUCUUCCCUCCAUUUCCCACUUUCACUGGGACUCGGCGCUGGUUCAGCGAUUCCCACCCAUAGGGGGAGCAUGACUCGAGUAGGCGAGGUUCCCGUGUUUGGGGAGAGCCUCGGGGGGGAGAGAGGGGAGGGGGGCCCAGUUCCCCCCUCCCCUCCCUCUCCCUUCGAUUACCUGCCUGACCGCUUUGGAUUGGGUGAACAAGACGAGAGCUGCAACAGUUCAUAUUUUUUAGUCUCACUAGGUCGGCUUCAAAAUCGUCAGUCUUUGCAGGAAAAUUGAUUUAGUCGAGUAUACUGUUUACACGGUGUCUUGAGCUAGCAGGCAUGCCACACACAGUUGCAGUUACUGGCUGAUCGAUACAGAGAACCCUCAUCUCAUUGGGGUGCCUUACUGCGGCUCGCAGUGUCUGCCCAUGCAACUAUGUGUCACACACUAACCCAUGCAAAUAACUAAUGGAAAUGCCUAAUAGAGUACAACAAACGUGUAUAUACUGUACCAGUCGUUCACGGCUAAUCGAUGGCAACAGAGCUCCGGUCGGUGACACGAUUGGUCGCUAUUUGCAGCUCUAAUCGAGAGUCGAUCUUUUUUGUCGGCUAAUCUCUUAAUCAUCGAACAGUGCAGCUCCGUGCUAACAGCAGCAAAAGAGGUUUUGCGUACGACGUAGCACAUUCUAGCAGUGAGCACAAUAAUAACCUCAGAGCUGUUGCGAAUCGGCGGUUCAUUCCAGGAAGGACGGCAAUAAGAUAGCGGCGAAUCCCUCCACAGGCGUGUUCACCCCGGAGGUGGGUGGGGACACGGCUGCGUUGUUGUGGCGUGCGGGUUGCCACGCACGCUCAGUGGGAGUGUGUUUGUGAAUUUGGCGUGCGGGAGGGGGGGGUGAAGGGAGUUUGGGAUUUUUCCACCUGGUUUGCUGACAUUGCGCUGGGGCGCACGAAAAUUAACCGUUUUUUUAUGGUGGGUAAAGCCGAAACAACGAGACGUGGGGACAUUAUUAAACUCUCAAACUACACGAAGGCCUUCGGAAGUGGAGGUGUUAGCACAAAAACUGGAUUCUUGCAGCGACGAUUGUCAAAUUUGAAUGGAUACCUGCGAUAAGUAACGUCUUGUGGUUUGGCUAAACUCUUAACUUUGGCUCGGACAAUAGCCCAACCGCUAGCACUAAAAACAUCCUUAAGCCCAGCCAUGAUCCUAACCAUAACUGUAAUCCCUCGCUUACACUCAUUUGCUGCACCUCCCUUUCGUGGUAAAUCGGGUUGCCACCUCUGGGAUACAACAAACCGGGACAUAUGGGAAGAAGAAACAUCUCGCAAUAGCAAAGGAUGGGAGAAAAGUACACGUGGAACACACACACACACACACCUGCCUUGAGCGGUGUAUUUCGUAAAAAAAAAAAACAGGACUUUUAAUGUCGUCGGAAGACGAGCAGAUUUCCCAGGACGGCCGCCUCUAACAAGAGGAGACGAUCCUGGGGCAACCAGUACAGGUGGCAACCCCCGGUGGGGAAAGGGAAGUUCCCGUCCCUCCCAUUGACUGUAAUUUAGAAUCGUCCUCAUCGUGUCCGUCCGAGCGGCUCGUGUCCGCAUAUCAUUUCCUCUCGAUACAUUUAACUUUCGUUGGUUAAAAACUAAAACUAAACAUACCCAUGUUCAUGGUGCUUGAAAUGUGUAACUUGGGGGGGAGGGGGGAGGGGGGGAAAUCGAUCAAUACUGUAAACUCAUCAUCCGGUGUAAUGAAGGCUUCCACGGUCGCGAGUCGCUUGACGUGGCAUGGGAACGUGGCAUUUUGAUCUGGUUUUUCACAUUUCACAUUUGGGGAAGGUGAGAGUUAGAAGCUGAUGUAACUAAUUUGAAAUUAAAAUAACCAGGUCAUUUAAAUGUCACAGCUGCUUUUGGGCUGAGCCCCCUUUUGAAGGAUUCUGCAUUUUUAUUUUUUUUGAACAAAAGUCACCCGUCGACUUUUUGUUUUUGGUUGACGCAUUUCAGGAGGCUCGCUACUUUGGUACGUUGGUCAGCAUUUGUGUAGUGUUGGCUCUCAAAAAAAAAAUACGAAAAACUCUGCCGAGAUGAGAAAUGUUUGUGCCGCGCAGACCAGGCGAUGGGAAUAGAGAUUGCUCAUCCGCUCGAGGAAGAUGUUCUAAUCACAUCUGACAAUAUUUGUCCUGCGCUGGUUCCUCGUGACCAGAUGCCCAAACAGUUUUGUAGGGGGGAGAGAUGAAGAUGUUUCUAUACAGCCAGCAGUAUAGCAGGGAUACAACUACACUGAUGAUUCUUUGUAAACGUAAAAGCAACGUCUAGCUGCCACGUUGCGUUUCCGUAAAAGCAACGUCUAGCUGCCACGUUGCGUUUCUUAUCUUGCAAUUGAUGCAGGUUGUUCUUUAGCCUUGGCAAGCUCACGAGUUAGACCAGGCUGUUUGGCACCGGGCAGUGUCUUCGGGUUGUUACGAUGUAAUGAUGAAUCCAGUCGUAUAAACCCAUAUGUACGCUCACGAUAAAUUAAUCGAAUCUUGUGUUCAAUGUCGGUGGCUCCCAACAUGCGGUCCACUAAACCAUCAGUGGGCUUCAAAACCCAUGGCACGUUAGGAACUUUUGCAGAUAGGAUAUUUGUUUGGGAAACGCACGGUGUUUUAUACCACCUUGGUGGUCUGCAAAAAGUUGUCCUUGACAUGUCAAAGUUUGGCCCAAGGGUUCCAGAAUGUUUGGGAACCACCGUUCCUGUGUAAAGUAUCACAACGACACUACCAUUAACCAUAACGUUUAAACAACAUAUCUUGUUAAAUCUAAUCGCGAUCUUGAGUUGUGACAAUGUGUUGCACAUCCGAAUUCGCUUCAUCGCUACUGUGUUUACCUCUCCCACCCCUUUAGGGUAGUAAGUUUAGGGUAGUGCGUUUCUCUCAGCUGUUCGGCCCAAACAUUUAUACCUCGGAACAGGAUGCUUCAGUCUGCGGACGUUGUUAUUCCACUGGAUGGGGAUGUCCAUUGGCUGGAGAUGUCUUCUUAAUGUUAUCGGUGUAGACGAGACCGUCUUAUGGUGCAUUUCAUAGGCUCAUUGGGUGGACUGAUGUUGCCCGGCUUGUAAUGCUUUUAAGGCUCCAUCCAGUCGCCAAGUUUGUACGAUGACCUGCGCAGUUAAGGCUCAUUGCAUGGACCGUACCGGCCAGCUUGUAACACUAAAUACUGUAUCAGAGACUACUUGAUAAUGUACAUGCAUCGGAGGCUCACUGCGUGGAUUCACUUGGCUCGCUUGUAAUAUUAAUAUUGUAUCAGACUGAUUUCUUUACAGCGUGCGUUCGAAACUCAUGUGGACUGGGACUGCUCACAGUUUUCUUCAUUGUAAUUUAUAGUGAUUGGUACGUUUGUAAGAUUAUCAUAUUUUUUUUAUAUAAUCUGUCUUUAAUAUCACUGAAAUAAUUGAUGGUAGUGUUAUUAUAUAAUAAUCCGUUUAAAAAAAUCCUCUUGUUAUUUUAUUAGAACAGUUAGUGCUCGGCAAGUUCAAGUUAAUCACGGGUUUCUCUUUCGAAUGAACGGUUCAUAAUGAGACGAUACGCAUUAUUAAGUCCAAACGUUUGAAAUGGAGAUUUUUACCCAUUGCCAUAUGCAAAAUCAAUCUCAACACUUUGAAACCCAUUAUGUUCCAUUUCCAUGGCAAUAUUCGGCAGCUCUCAUUGCCUUACCAUGGGAAUGAAUUGGCCUAAUUGAACACAAAUUCAAGUGUACUUCAGUUAAACAUUUUGUGCAAAUUGGAUGUCCCUGCUACGAUCUAAAUUGGGUCGUUGGAUUGCAUUUGUUUGCAUGCAACCUAAUCAUAACUGGCUUCGACGAAGUUAUGUAGCUUCUGACAUCGGUUUUCAAUUAAAAAAGCGAUGUUAAACUCAAAGUCGCUCAUUCUAAAUUACGGGCAGACGCGUGCGUGGUUUAGUAGUGGUCGGCACGCUGAGCUCGAAAUGUGACGGUUCAAUCCUCGGCACGGCCAUCCGAUAAUGUAUCUGCGGAGCGUUCAUAUCGAGCAAAAGAGCUCCCGUCGGCUACGAUUUCGAUACCGAAAAAAUCUUCAAUAAUCCUCAGAGUCGGAACAUCAUUCGCCUGAGCCAAAUUGACAAAUGAGUUGUUUUACUCCCAUCCCACUUGCAACGGAGAUAUGGGAGAUCUCUCUACCCUUGAUGAAGUUAAAGAACAUCAAUCGAUCAACGCAUACGAAUCUUGCUACGGCCAUUGCAAUUGCUAGAAUGUCGUCUUGCCAUGUAAACAUAGUGCUUGUCUUUAUUAACGGAGUUUUGUAGUUGACUUAAGGAAUUAACCAGGGGGCUUGCACACCCAUGUAAUCACUCAUAAAUUAAUGACAUAACAGGAUGCAAUUAGGAGUAAUAACAUUUAUAACUUAAUGACGUUUAUAUUUAAGAAUGUGCGCGUUCAGUGACAUUGCUGUUGUUGUUGGGUUCUAUUGUUAUAUUUUUUAACUGGCAAAAAUGUCCACUUUGCGCGAGUUUUUGUUUCGGAAAAACAGAAACUGUGCUCAAGCUCGAGGCAUUGCAAGAAACGUUUUGUACAGUAGUCGGGUUUACGAGGUAUGGGCGAGCUUUUAAAACUUGCCAAUUUUUUCUACCCUAAUUUCUGGAAAAGUGGUCGUUUGGCAACAGUUUGCUGUCUAUAAAAUAAAAGUGAAGCCUUAUGGGCCUGUGAUUCCCCCCCCCCCCCCCCCCCCAGUGAAUGGCAUAAGAACGGUUUACGAGGUACAGCCACGUGACUAUAUGAUGAUGAUUUGGGCAUGAUUGUAUGGCGAGAUCUUUAACAGGGGUCAUCCGCGAAUUCCUCUGACUUCGCGUCGUCGGGCAGAAGGAUUGAGUGGCUUUAAAAUGAAGAUGACACGGUGUUAAACGUCACCUGUCAAUGAAGAGGUGGGACCUGCCCUGUGAAUGUUAAAAUUGUGGCGAGGUGGCCAUACACGUUUAUAGUCGGGGCUUGAUUUCAGACGGGGUCUGGGUUGGCAAUCCGGAACAUCUUAUGACCACCGCACUCGGCACACACUACCAACAUCCAGCAAUUCCGCUCGCUAUGUCUGUAGCUAUUGGUUACACAUCUGCUCCAGUCUACCAACGGCCCGGAAAUGUAUCCAGUUAGACACAAAGCCCUGGUAAAAAUGGUAAGGUGGCCAGCCUCAUCUCCAGCUGAUUUUAUAAUAUUAACAGUGAGAGACCACUCAAACUAUACAAAUCACAAUUUGUGGGGAGAUGAAUCCAUACUGGAUAUUAACGAGCUUGUGUUUGAUCGUCAGAAAAGUUCAGAAGAAUUUUUGCAACUCCUCGUGGUCAUUUUUGUCAGUUUCAUAGUCUAAUUUUUUUUUCAGCGGAGAACUAUUUAAUUUAACGGUACCGUGUAUACGUGUGAGUAGCCGAGUUACCACUCGGCACUGCUCACUCCGACACACUACUACUAUAGGGGUACGUACAGUUAACGUGAGUCAGGCUCUGUGACUUGAUCUGAACAUAAUCUCGUUUUGGAAACAUUUUGAUCUAUAAUGUUUUUCGUCUUGUAACGCAACACGCUAUAUAAGUGGUAUAAUAAAAACUUUUUUUUAAUUUGUUUUUCUAA